AUGGAGGGCAGGAAGAACAUUGUCAUUGUUGGAGGUGGCAUCAUUGGCUCCACUACAGCUUACUACCUCACCCGCCAUCCCAAGUUCAACAAAGCCCUGCAUUCAAUCACCCUUCUUGAAGCUGCUCCUGCCGUAGCAUCCGGCGCAUCGGGCAAGGCUGGCGGUCUUCUCGCCCUCUGGGCUUACCCGGAAUGUCUGGUUCCUCUUUCAUACAAGCUCCAUUCCGAGCUUGCCGCUGAACACAACGGUCCUCAGAGAUGGGGUUAUCGUCAAGUCGGCUGCGGAAGCUUUGACGCUGUAGUUACCAGCGAUAAACUCAAAUCACUUCAAACCAAUGGAAGUGCCAACGGAAACCAGGAAGGCAAGGAAUGGGAGAAGCUUCCCAAGCAGAACGGCGCGGCAAAGGAUCUCCUAGAAGCAGCCAACUUGCCCAAGGAUCUCGACUGGGUAGAUCGUGAGAUCAUCGAGAGUUGGUCUGAGAUGGGUGCACCGGGCAAGACGGAAACAUCACAGGUGCACCCCCUGCACUUCACAACAUCCAUCGCCGAACUCGCUCAGCAAGGCGGCGCUCAAAUACAGACCAAUGCAAAGGUGACAAAGAUCAACUCCUCAAAGACGAGAGUUGAGAGCAUAGAGUACCUGGAUCGCAACACAAACGAGAACAAGGUCAUCGCGGACGUUACAGAUGUCGUGGUGACAGCUGGUCCUUGGACAAGCAGAGUGUUGCCCCGAGCUAAGAUCGAGAGCUUGAGGGCACACAGCGUUGUUUAUGACGUGGACUUAAGUCCUUACGCUGUCUUCACAGAUAUCGAGCUUCCCGCAGAUUUUGUCCCUGAACAUCGUGCCAAAAUGGGACAGAAGAAGAGGCAUAGGGGCAACGUUGAUCCUGAAAUCUACGCUAGACCGUUCAACGAGGCUUAUGCCUGCGGCGAGCCAGAUAAAACUGUACCACUCCCCGACACAGCAGACCAAGUAGAAUGCGAUGAAGCUCAAUGCGACGACAUAAUCUCCUACAUCAGCACAUUCAGUCCCAAAUUGGCCGCUGCACCUAUCAAAGCCAAGCAAGCAUGUUACCUCCCACAACACAUCCGCUUUGGGCAAGAGAGUGGUCCUUUAAUCGGCAGGACGAGUGUACCUGGCUUAUUCGUCGCCGCGGGGCAUACGUGCUGGGGCAUCCAGAACGGUCCUGGAACAGGCAAGCUUAUGUCUGAGUUUGUGUUUGAUGGAGUGGCUAAAAGUGCGGAUAUUGACAAAUUGGACCCUCGGAAGUUCAAGGUCUAA